GAUAUUGUUAUUAAUUUUUAGAAGUGUGGCGGAUUUGAUGAAAUUCAAAAUAGUUCGGAAGUUACAGUACAGAAAAUGAGUGCCGACAAAACUAGCUAUUGUUAUGAAUACUGUUCUACAAGCAAAUGCAACAAAGAUAUUUGUACAUACCCUCCAAACUCUGAAUGCAGGGAUAGCAAACAUGUUGAUUGUGCUCAAAUGAACUCAAUGUUCAGUAUAUGUAAAGUGAAAAAUGAAGCCAAGAAAAUUUGUCCACGGUUUUGCGAUCUAUGUAAUUUAGUUGAUGGUGGUUGGUCGUCAUGGUCACAGUGGUCAUUGUGUGAUGUCACAUGUGGGAAUGGUUCACUGUUACGUCAGCGUACAUGUAGUAAUCCUACACCACAAAAUGGUGGCCUUGACUGCCCAGGAAACAAAAUUGAAAAGAAAUCUUGCAGUCUUCAAUUAUGUCCUGUGCAUGGAGGCUGGGGUUCUUGGGGUGAAUGGGGAACAUGUUCCGCGACAUGUGAUACUGGAAUGCGCCGUCGGAUACGAACAUGCACGAACCCGCGCCCGGAACGUUUCGGCAACCAUUGCUUUGGCAACAACGAUGAAGCCGAAUUGUGUAAAAUUGGUCCUUGUGCAAAAAAGGUUGCUUUUGAUGCAUACACAACAAAUAGCAAUAGUCACUACCGUGAUGGAAGCGUUCUCGUUUUUCCACAUAUCAACAUUAACGAUGGACAAGGGUACAACCCAUUAACUGGCAUCUUCCAGGCUCCAGUUGCUGGGGUAUACCAAUUCACAGCACAUGUUUGUCAACAAACAAAUAAGCAUAUGGUCAUUAGUAUCAUCAAGGGCACGAAGCAAAUUGCGGCUACCACGGGGUUUGAAAGUGCUACUUCAUCUUGCAGUUCCAUCAGUGCUAUUGCUCGGGUUGAGAAAAAUGAAAAGGUAUACGUAAAGGCGCGUUGGAGCGCAAGCUAUUUGUACUCGGACACUUACCGAUGGCCUUCUUUCAGCGGAAUUUUUAUGUACAGUUAGGUUAAUUUAAGAAAUACUGAAUUAAAAUCAUUAUAGGCUUGAUAAUCCAUAUUUUUAAUUUCCUUUAAGAUGUCAAUUUUUUUAAAUAAUGUUUUGAUAAUGAAUGUGUUUUAAAACUUAUAAAGUAGCGCUAAACGUGCAGUAAUGUGUCGUAAAGGCUGCUAAAUCUGUUCAAAGUAGUAUUUUUACUUCCAUGCAAAACACGAAUUCACUUUUUAGUUAUACGAAUAUACAAUAGAGCUACAUAAGCAAACUCUUGUUUAUGUAUAUGGCAACUGAUUUUAUUUUUUUGGAAACUGGAAAGAUACCAAAAAUAAAAAGAAAACUUUUAGGGGGAAAUGAUAGCAUUUCUAUGGAAAAGCAUAUCUUUAAUUGUUUAAUCGUCAACACUUGCAUUUUUUCCCUAAUCAACUUGUUUCAAGCAGGCAUAAUGUAAGACAAAAUAAAAAAUAAUAAUGUUUGAAAUUUCUUAUGAUAAGGGUGACAAUUAUCACCGUUCAUCAAAAACGCUCUUGCUUUAAGAAAUUCAUAAUAACUUGUAGAAAGAUAACUAAAAAUCUGUCAUGAUACAUUGUUUGAUUUCUAUGUGCCAACUAUUUAACAUAACUGUUAAACAUUAGUCUUCUCUUAUUGU